AUGGCUCGACACGAGGCGUGCCACCACUCGAACUCACCUCUUCUCUCCUCCCAUUUUUUUUUGUUCUUGCCCCAUCUUGACCAACACGAGGAAACUCGCUCAUCCCGCCUUCGCACGGCCAGCAAACAGCCUGCGCCGCCACCGCCGUCGCCGCCGCCCUGCACAAUGGAAAAGUUUCCCGAAUUGGAUACGUCGCUAGGCGUGCGCUCGCCCAGUCCCUACAAGUCGCCAUCGGGGUACUCGAAUGGGAGCGCAUCCCUUUCGGAUCGCGGUGCCGCCUUUUCUUCCUCCAAGAGGGAAAACGGGCACCACCUCCCGCCGCCCGGUCUGGGCAUCUGGAAUAAUAACAACAAUCACAAUGGCGCCGCCCGCGGCCACACGCGGCAAAAGAGUCUGAGUGACGCGUUUCGCACGAUUCGCACUAGGAAUGGCAGCCUCAGCCAAAACGCUCACGAGAUUGCCGAUGCGCUCAAGGCGCCCGUAUCGCCCAAGCUCAUUAUACUCUGUAUAACAUGGUACAUGUCAUCCGCCCUCACCAACACCUCCUCGAAAUCGAUCCUCAACGCCUUCAACAUGCCUGCGACACUCACCCUGGUGCAGUUUGCAUUUGUCUCGACACUCUGCAUGGCCAUGGCGUGGCUCGCCACCAUCUUCCCCGUCCUCCGCGAAAAGAUUACCGCUCUCCAACAUCCCAUCCGACCCCCGACGCGCGACGUUAUCAUGACGACCCUGCCCCUCGCGGCAUUUCAGAUCUUCGGCCAUCUCCUCAGCUCGAGCGCCACUUCGCGCAUUCCCGUGUCGCUUGUUCACACAAUCAAGGGCCUGUCGCCUCUAUUUACAGUCCUGGCCUACCGAUUCAUUUACAACAUUCGCUAUCCGCAGGCGACCUACCUCUCUCUCAUACCUUUAACGCUUGGCGUCAUGCUGGCUUGCUCCGGAAAGCAUGGCUUCGGAGGACAGUUGCUUGGUGUAUUUCAAGCGUUCCUCGCCGCUAUUAUUUUUGUCACGCAAAAUAUCUUCUCCAAGAAAUUAUUCAACGAGGCAGCCAAGGUCGAGAACGGCGUCGUUGGUGCCAAUUCUAAGAAGCUUGACAAGCUCAACCUGCUCUGCUACUCGUCUGGCAUGGCCUUUUUGCUCACCUUGCCGAUUUGGUUCUUCGCAGAGGGCAUCACGCUGCUGCGCGACGUUCUGCAAGACGGCGCGGUCGAGUUGAGUAACAAGCCCAACGCCUUUGACCACGGUCGCCUGACGGUCGAGUUCAUCUUCAACGGCGUCUUCCACUUUGGCCAGAACAUCCUCGCCUUUGUCCUCCUCUCGAUGGUGUCGCCGGUCACGUACUCCGUGGCCAGCCUGCUGAAGCGCGUCUUCGUCAUCGUGCUCGCCAUCCUCUGGUUCCGCAGCCCCAUGAGCCCGGUGCAGGGUCUUGGCAUCGCGCUGACCAUCCUUGGCCUCUACCUGUACGACCGCACGAGCGAGAGCAACAAGGCCGACCGCAAGGCCCAGGCCAUGACGCAGUCCCGCGCCGGAACGCCGCUACUGCCCAUCAACGAGGUCGCGAGCCGCAGCCGAAACGGCUUCAUCCCCACGCCGUCGCGCCCCAUUUCACAGGGUUACGGAUACUUUGGCCCAAGUGCUGGCGACUCCAAGAGAUCCGAUGACUAA